AUGAGGUCAUAUGCUGAGGUUGAUUUCAUCUGGAUCAAUCGUGACCAGCUUCAUUUUGAGUGGUUUGUGUCUCUUUUAACAAGGCUUGAACGAGAGCAGGAAAUUGAUGGGGGUUUAGGUCACAUCUUAGAUAUGCAUAUGUAUAUGACGUCAGCACUGCCAAAAACAGAUAUGAAAGGUUUGAUACUCCAGCUGGCUCUUGAUAUCAUUCAUGAAACUGAAAGAACAGAUCUGAUCACCGGACUUCAGACGCGGACACAGACUGGGCGACCUGACUUUGAUGUGCUGUUCCAGAGAAUCCAGGCAAACGCUAAAGGUCGUGUGACAGUGUUUUUCUGUGGCUCUCCUGUCCUGGGUAAAACAGUCAAGCAUUAUACCCAUAAAUAUGGAUUCACUUUCCGGCACGAGACAUUUUAG